AUGGCUACUGGGCAAGCACCAAGCAACCCCAUUCCAGCUAUGAGAACACACCAGCCAGUUCAGAAACCGGUGGUGGUAAUAGGGCCACAGUACUUGGCAGAGUACCCCGUUGAACUCACCGUUUCCUCAAAGCUAUGGAGUCUGGGAGAGAAUGAUUUUAAGGUGUCUGACAUUAAUGGCACCCUCAUUUUCCAGGUCAAGAGUAAACUCUUAAGCCUCCAUGAUCGUCGUUUUCUGAAAGAUGCAGGUGGUAACACCCUUGUCUCUCUCAGGCAGAAGCUAAUGACCAUGCACCAUAGGUGGGAGAUCUUCAGAGGAGAAAGCAAGGAGGAGAAAGAUUUACUUUUCACAGCCAAGAAAUCAAAGCUAUUCCAAUUCAAAACAGAGUUGGACAUAUUUUUGGCUAAUAACACAGGAGAAGUCCCUGAUUUCAAGGUCAAAGGAGGCUGGCAAGAGAGUGGCUGCUUUAUAUAUCUUGGUGAUUCCAAUAUCUUGAUUGCACAAAUGCAUAGAGGCCACAGUCUUACGACUGCUAUUUUGAACACAGACAAUUUUUCGGUGACGGUGUAUCCUAAUGUUGAUUAUGCCUUCAUAGUAGCUCUUGUGAUGAUUCUUGAUGAGAUCAAUGCAGAUCGCAGUGGUGAAGAUUAA